AUAGCGCGUCGGAAAUGUUGACAAUUGUGAGACACGUUUGAGCGGUGCUUGUUUUGCUUUAUGCAUCAUAAUGUCCAAGGAAUUAGGCGACUUACUCUGCCGUGCAUGUUUACAGGAGGAUGAACUAAUGGUAGACAUAUAUGAGAACGUGGAGGAAUUGCAAAUGAAUCUGUGUACGCUUCUGGAGUUAUGUGGAGACAUCAAGGUGGAAGAGUUGGAUGCAUACCCGAAAUAUUUGUGCCAGGAGUGUACCAAUGAACUGCUUGUGGCGGCCAAGUUUCGCCGAAAAUGCUUCGAGACGCAACAGACUUUGUCGGAGCUCGCCAACAAAGAGGAGUCAACAUUAACUGAGAGAGACGAGGAUUCAGUUGUUGAUGAAGAAAAUGAUGAAAUCAUAGAAGUCGAUGGUGAGGAGCAAUUGGCUCAAGAAAUUUCAGCCUCAAACGAGGUGGAGUGUGGAACAGAAACCAUUGCCUUGGCUGAAGUGCAGGAUAUUGAAGUUGGUAGUAGCAAGCACAGCAACCCGAUGUCCUACAACUGCGACGAUUGUGGCGCUCUAUUCCAUCAGCCAGCUACAUUGCAGCGGCACAUUGAGAAGACGCACACACCCAACAUUAUAUAUAGUUGCGACCAAUGCGGUCACAGCUUCACCCAACAGUGUAACCUUCAAGCCCAUAGCUGCGAUAAAACUGAGCAGUCGUCAGUUCCGCGAACUGACCGUCAUCGUUGCGUGCAUUGCGACAAAUGCUUCGCUUCCCCCGCUAGCCUUGUGAUGCAUAUGCGAUUGCACACCGGCGAACGCCCGUUUGUGUGUGACGUUUGUCCAAAGAGUUUCAAGACGAAUGCCGCUCUAGUAACGCAUCAAAAGCGCCACUUACAGCUGGCUCAAUACAGCUGUCCGCAUUGUGGAAAGUGCUUUGUCGAGUCCAGUAAUUUGAAGCGUCACAUUGUCUCUCUACAUACCGGAGAACGUCCCCACAGCUGCACAAUAUGCCAGCGCAGCUUCUCGCGCGUCUACUUGCUGGAACUCCAUAUGCGUACGCACACGGGCGAGCGUCCAUACGCCUGCUCAAUGUGCGAUCGACGCUUUGCUCAGCAAGGUGUGCUCCGCACCCACGAGCGCACUCACACUGGCCAGCGUAUGCACAGCUGCAGUGUUUGUGGCAGAAGCUUUAGUCGUGCCAUUCAGCUGAGGCGGCACAGAUGCAAAGGAGAAACGCACACUGAUCGGACACAAGAGGAGGAUGAGCGACAAUUGGAGCUGGAGACUGCAGAACAGUUGGAGCACGGCUCGGAGCAGGGAAAUUUGCCGCCCGGUCACUUUGAAUGCUUCGUGAUAAGUGAAGAGGUUGUUAGCGCCGACGACGAUCCAACCACCUGGUGCCUAGCAACAUCAAAAUAAUAUUUAAUAAUAAUUACUACUUUGAAUCUGUGAUUCAUACAAGAUUCUAAUAAUAGAAUAUAGAAUAUAAUAUUCGUAGAAGCUAUGCGUCGGUCUGAUUUCGUUCAUUGCUUGAGCAUGACGCUCUAUUCUGUCUGCUGAGCUGGUUUUGUUGUGGCUCUGUAUUGUUGCAGGUGAGCUGACAAGAUCGAGAAAUAAAGCUGUAAUCUGCACAUAUUUCAGCACAAAGAGAGAGUGCUCUAAGUUAGUAUAUACAAUAUAUAGUAUAUAGUUUACAUAUAUGAAAAUUUAU